GACAACAAGCGCACACCCGAUACAAUAUAUUUUUUCAUCGACUGUGAGCAGCAUUGAACAGAACAUAAGACGGACUUUGAACACAAAGAACAAACAAAAGGAGAUAGAAAGCAGAAAUGAAUCAUGCAGUUUCGAACGAUUAUUCCUCCUCGUUGUCUCUGUCUACCCCUUUGCGAACAUCUAGGAGCGAACACAAACAAACUCAAUCUCGCCAUAACCGCACGAAUUCGGAACCUCUAGAAUUGACGGCAUCAAUUGCCGGUGGAGUAACAGCUGGAUCGAAUACCUUCGAUACGAGUAGUACUGCUCCUUCGGCUGCUGUUGCUUCCCCUGCUGCAGCUACUUCUGCCAUCACCGACAGCAGUGUCGAGGAAGUGGAUCACGAACACAAUGUGCUCGUCAGUAACGAUCGUCGUGAUUUGCUGGAUAGAGGUUGGUCGACGUCGAAUCUUACCACAACCACGACACAACAGCGACAAGGGCUCGUUCUGGGACACGCCAGUAGGAGUAGCGGGCGCGCCGUCCGAGGGACCAUUUCUAUCGACGUCGCACACUUUCACGAAUCUUGGACCAAUAGCGACGGUGCCGAUUUCUUAGGCGCCUCCUUUGCUAUUCCCGCGACCACUGCCUCGCCUUCACCGCCCUUUGGUUCCUCGGCGCACGCUGCCGCAUUGCGCAGUCGCAGCUCGGGAUGGGGCCUGGCGCUGCAGCCAAGCGUGUCCGUGGGGCUCGAUUUGGGGGGAGGCGAAUCCUCGGGAUCCUGGGCGCUACCAGCCGCGCCCGAAAUGACGCGGAGGUAUUCUUCGCUUUCACCAAAAGCGAGCACUUCCCUGGCCGAUUUCAACCGCAAUGGUAGUCCUUCCGCGGUACCAUCAACACCGAUUGCCGGACGCUCUGUUUCGGGGUUCUCGUCCGUCAUUCACGAUGCUGCACGUAUUACCGAUUGGAAUCGGGUUUUGACGGCCUGUCAACGAGAUCCGCAGGAUGCCGCCUAUACGGGAAGGGACGGCUGGACAGCCUUGCAUCACGCUUGCAAUCGUCGGUGUCCCUACCCCGAUGUCGUGGAAGCCUUGAUUCGGGCCUAUCCGGAGGCCCUAUUGAAAGAAGUCGACAACGGGUGGUUGCCCUUGCAUUAUGCGUGUCGCUUCAAGGCGCCACGCGAUGUUAUCCGUCUACUGCUGAGUUGCUGUGACGAAAAAUCGCGUGUUUCUGUAUCCAAGCGCGAUCGGCAAGGGCGAACACCCUUGUACUAUGCAGUACGCUAUGAUGCCCCACCAGGAGUGGUGGGAUUGUUGCUACAGGUGGACCCAUCCGCUGUUUUGGAAGAAGACCAAAACGAAGACUCGCCGCUCGCUCUCGUUUGGGAUUCGUGGGCGGAAAAGUUGGAAGGCAAGAAAACGCUUCUACCAUUCUUGACGCCAACCGCAAUCCAGGGUGAUACGGAAGAAGAGAUGGCGGCAUCGCUGCGCAGCAAACUGAAACAGCAAACAAAGCUUCAUAAACGCUGGAAGAAGGUGAACAUGCUGCUGAAAGCGGCGUUCGGAUUUGUCGUAGACGAAGAAGACGAAAUGAAUCUCGACGUAACAAAUGCCACUAGUCCUAAAAGUCGCCAGUGGCGUGUCGUUCACGCGACGGCCGCCGUCAAAUGCCACAUCUCACUAUUUCUGUUGGCAUGUGCCUUGUACCCGGAACAAGCACGAGAACUUGAUGAGAGUGAUCUAAGGCGUCCCGGGGAUAGUACUGUCCGGAAUACGAAGCAGACGGCUUUGCACUUGGCUGUCUCCUCCAACGCUUGUGGCGAAACAAGCAAACGCGUGAUUCAUACGUUGCUCAGUCUGAACCGACAAGCUGCACACAUCCCUGAUGGAAUCGACGGUAGUUUACCGCUCCACAGGAUGGUAGAAAACGAACGCAAACAAGAAUGGGCUGAUCAAAUCUUGAUUUUGUAUCAUGCGAAUCCACGAGCGGUCCGCGUUGAAGACGCUAACGGCAAACUACCACUACAUCGCGCUGCGUCCAAACUUCCACACCUCGUCGAAGAAGACAACGCUGUGGCUACGCAGUCAGUCAUUUUGAACCUAGUGGACAAGUAUCCACAGGCUGCAGCACAUUUGGACCGAUCCGGCUGUUUGCCGUUGCACAUGAUCGCAAUGUAUGGGGAAUUCUGGGACGAUCAAGUCGAAGCUGUGUACACCGCCCACCCCCAGGCUGUGCAAGUGCGUGCUGGUCCUAGUUGGGACCGACGUUUGCCUAUUCACAUGGCGGCCGCCAAUUUGGACUCGGGAGAGUCUCUCUUGACACGAUUGGUAGAAUUGCAUCCCCGGGGACCGUCUAUGGCGGAUCGACAAGGAAAACUUCCGUUGCACCUUGCAUGCGACUUGGGAAAGGAAUGGGAUGCUAUCAAAGCCAUAUAUGAUGCCUUUCCUGAUGCGUUAGAAAAGGCCGAGGAAAAUGCUCGUGGCUGGUUGCCGCUGCACGUUGUGGCCGCUUGUGCCAAUGCGAGCUCAGACUUACUGCAUAAACUUAUCGAGCUGUAUUCAGAAGCCGCCUGUGUUUGCGAUCGGAAUGGUCGCUUUCCGUUGCACCUAGCUUGCCUUUCCGCCAAGUCAUGGAAGGGCGGGCUGGAAUGUUUGUUUGAUGCAAACCCCGCAGCUGUUGAUACGAGAGACAAAUGUGGGUUGUUACCCUUGCACGUGGCAGCCUUGCGGAUGUGCACAUUGUCUUCAGAUAAUGCGACGGAGAGUACUCUGGCUGCAACAACGUCAAAGCACGCUAAGAAUGAAGUGGCUGAUUUGGAUAUUCUUUUCGAAUUGUUGCGAGCCGAUCCAACCACCUUGACGAAUUGAAAGUCAUGUUUAGUGUUUAAGAUCAACAGGACGGUGUGCAUUUCUAUUGUGCGUGUUGACUGAAUAUGCUUUUCGCUACCGAAGUUAACGGAUACGAUGUAUUGAUCAUAAAUGUGAUAGAGAAAGAUUUUCCGAGUACUCUACUAGUAAUGUCAGGUUGCGAUGAGAAAUAGGGAUUCAAUUUCCGUGGCUC